AUGGAGAAGAGUAAUGGCCUACGGGUGAUUCUGUUUCCACUUCCAAUACAAGGCUGCAUCAACCCAAUGAUCCAGCUCGCCAAGAUCCUCCACUCGAGAGGUUUCUCCAUCACAGUGAUCCACACGCGCUUCAACGCGCCAAGAGCUUCAAGCCAUCCUCUCUUCACCUUCUUGCAGAUCCCAGAUGGCUUGUCCGAAGCAGAGACAAGAACUCCCGAUAUCACACUUCUCAUAUUGCUUCUCAACCAAAGAUGCGAGUCUCCGUUUCGUUACUGUUUGACUAAACUGUUGCAAUCUGCAGAUUCAGAAACAGGGGAAGAGAAACAGAGGAUUAGCUGUUUGAUCGAUGAUUCUGGAUGGAUCUUCACACAACCCCUCGCCAAAAGUUUGAAUCUCCCGAGAUUGGCACUUAAUCCGACUAAACCCUCCUUCUUUCGAGGCCAUUUUGUUCUUCCUCAGCUCCGUCAUGGAAGAUACCGUCAGUUACAAGAUUCAGAAAAAGAAGAUCUAGCUCCCGAGUUCCCGCCGCUACGAAAGAAAGAUAUUUCCCGGUUUCUUGAUGUGGAAACUGAGAUACUAGAUCCAUACUUGGGUAAGAUUUACGAAACGGUAAAGGCAUCUUCAGGUCUCAUAUUCAUGUCCUGUGAAGAGUUGGACCAAGACUCGCUGACUCAGACGCGCCAAGAGUUUCAAGUCCCAAUCUAUGCGAUAGGACCUUCUCAUAACCAAUUUCCGGCUUCGUCUAGCAGCUUGCUAACACCAGACGAGACUUGCAUUCCAUGGUUGAACAAGCAAGAAGACAAAUCCGUGAUUUAUGUGAGUUUCGGGAGCCUCGUGACCAUCAGCGAAUCAGAGCUAUUGGAGAUUUCUUGGGGUCUAAGAAACAGCAACCAACCAUUCUUGUGGGUCAUACGGGUGGUUGACUCGGUCAAUGGCGCAAAAUUGAUCCCUGAAGAAAUCAUGAGAAGGCUCAACGAGAAGGGAAAGAUUGUGGAAUGGGCCCCGCAACAAGAAGUUCUAAAGCAUCGAGCCAUCGGAGGAUUCUUGACACACAGUGGUUGGAACUCGACGGUUGAGAGUGUUUGUGAAGGCGUUCCUAUGAUCUGUUUGCCAUAUUUCUGGGACCAAAUGCUAAAUGCAAGAUUCGUCUGUGAGAUAUGGAUGGUCGGGCUCCAUCUAGAGGGUCGGGUCGAGAGAAAUGAGAUCGAGAGAGCGAUAAGGAGAUUGUUGUUGGAAACUGAAGGAGAAGCAAUCCGAGAGAGGAUGGAGCUUCUUAAGGAGAAAGUAGGAAGAUCGGUUAAAGAAAACGGUUCGGCAUAUCGAUCUUUAGGUCAUUUGGUUGAUCAUAUAUCAUCUUUCUAG